UCAUAAGACAACAUGAAUUCUGUAGCCAACCUGAAAGACAGCUUUUUUCAAUCAAGUGAAUAGCUGCUGACAAAUUUUAACCCCCAGCAAAAAUUGUUAAUCGUCAAUCAAACGAAAUUCCGAAUCUCGGGAUGGACAAAAAUACAAAGGGAUAUAAUUCAAACUAGUACAAAACAUCAAGUGGAAGAACUUUCAUAAGGAAUCUUUCACAUUCAUUUUUCCAUGGAUGCCCACCAACAAUCUAAAUACAGAUGCUUUCCGUUUUUGAUGCCCAAAAAAUUAAGGUUUUAUUUUUCUUCUACAGUAAAAAAAAAAAAAAAUAUCAGUUUUUGCAGCAUGAUGCGGCCUCACGGAGAUUUGAACCCUGGGUCGCAGGUUCGCAAAUCCGCGUUUAUUUUCUUGGCAGUGUUCUUAAGCUUAGGGUUUCUGAACGCUCUUCCUGCCCGGGGAAAUGGGUUGGUUGUGCCAGUAAAGCAGCAACUAUCUUAUAUUAACUACAGUUUGUAUCACCAAAGUGAUAUUUUACUACAAGAAGUAGAAGCAUUGGUUGCCCGCCAUCGAGAUAAAAUGUCUAUGAAGAUUUUGAGGUCAAUAUCAGCUGGAUAUUCAGCAGAGAUUUCGGUUAUCACUUUUGCACAUGGACAGGAAAAGGCUGAAGAUGAUCAAAAGAUCCGCAUCCUUCUUAAUUUUGGACAGCAUGGUAGGGAAAUGAUUACAUCUGAAGUUGCCCUUAGAUUGCUGAAUGUUCUGGCUGGAGAAUAUCAUUUGCUUGCCCUAGAUGAAAAUGCUCAGAAUGAUAUUUUACAAAAGCUCAUAAUUAAGGUUGUACCAAUGGAAAAUUUGAAUGGGCGAAAAAUGGUUGAGGCAGGGAAGCUUUGUGAAAGGAAAAAUGGAAGGGGAGUUGAUAUUAACCGUAACUGGAGUGUAGACUGGGGCAAGAAAGAAAAGGACUAUGAUCCUGCAGAAGAAUAUCCUGGAACUGCACCAUUUAGUGAGCCAGAAACAAAAAUAAUGCAAAAACUUGUUCACUCUUUCAAGCCCCACCUUUGGGUGAAUGUACAUUCUGGCAUGGAGGCUCUGUUUAUGCCCUAUGACCACAGGAAUACUACACCAGAUGGUGCCUCAGCAAAACUUAUGAAGCUGAUUCUACAAAAGCUAAAUCAUCUACAUUGCAAAGACAAUUGUGUGGUUGGAUCUGGUGGAGGAUCUGUUGGGUAUUUGGCACAUGGUACUUCAACGGAUUACAUGUAUGAGAUUGUCAGAGUACCACUGGCAUUUACAUUUGAGAUAUAUGGGGACCCAAAGGCAUCUAAUGAUGAUUGUUUUCGAAUGUUUAAUCCACUUGACUCUUCAAUCUUUGAGAGCAUACUUGAUAAUUGGUGUACUGCUUUCUUCAGAAUGUUUAUGAUCUUACCUGGUGGACUUUAUAAUCUAUCUACUGAAGAAUUUCACACAGUGAAAGAUGAUAUUAUAUCCAUCUCUAUGAAACAGGCUAGAAAUUCCUCGAUUUCCAACAAUUUCCAUACGAGUAGGAAGACAUGGACAAGUGGUCACUCACUCCUUAUGACCUCUGAUAAGAGGUUUGAGUGGGAUACUGAAUGGAUAAAAACAGUUUCUCAGUUACUUUUUAUAUCCUCAUCAUUGUUAUUAAUUUUAUUAUUUUGUAAGAGAACCAGGUGUAUUCCUUGUGUACAGAUUGUUUUUCGCUACUUCCAUAAACUGAGGACAUAGAACACUGAACCCUGAAACGUUCUCGUCACGUAGGGUCUCGGUGCAUUGGUUGAUUAUUUUUUUUAUGUCUAAUUUAUUUGUUCACAGUUACUUUA